AUGUGGUGCAGAAGAACUUCGAGAGUCGUUAAGUGCCGGGGGCACAUGAUGACCAUAUACGAAGAGCAAACCCCGACUCUACCUCCCGAAAUGACCAUGCCUUCGCAGAGUAUCAGCCCCAAGACGUCAGGUCAAUACUGUAGGCGUCUCAAGUACACCGAAAUACUUGGAAAACGGGUUGCAUGUCUGCGCAAGUGGGCCUUGCCACUUGGAAACAGUCGGGCAAACAUGGUCCAACAGAGUAAUAUGAUUGUCUGUUCCUUCUUUUGUCAGACAUUCCAGUUUCUACAGCACCUCUGCCUGUACCCAACCGCUAUUUGUUGCCCAUGA